GUGGGGGGCGAGGUGGGCGUGAGCUCCCGGAUGCUGUGGGGCAGCGCCGGUGCUGGGAGAUGUGCGCUGACCCACAGAAUGAAACAAUAGCGCUCAAAUAGCUAAAUAAUAAAUAAUAACCCAGCUCGUCCGCCCGAGGCGUGCCCCCCGCCCCCACCUGGUCGCUGUAAAACACUGUGUGAAAGAGAGUUGGUUUUAUUUUAUUUUUUUUUUAAUUUUUUUUCCCGGCCGCGCAGGAUGAGCGCCGUGCCUGAGGAAGUUAAGGCAGAAGAUGGCAAAGCGGAGCCCGAGAAGAAGCUCUUUUACUGCGAUGUUUGUAAAAUUUACUGUAUGUGCGCCAUAAGUCUUCAGUCACACUACCGUGGUGCGAAGCAUAGGAGGCAAGAGAAAGCCAUGAGACGCAGGAAUCUCUAUUGUUCUUCGGCUCUAAUCCAAGUUCCGAUGAAAUACCGAGUGCUCAGACGAGUGAAGAGAUCAUUCGCAGGGUACAUAACCUGUCUGAAGGAUUUUGUGAAUGAUCCCAGAAGAGAAGAGCCUCUAAUUGGUUUAGAACAUGUGGUUGAAGUCAGAUUUGAUGGAAGAAGAGAGCCACGUUACGAGUGCAGGCUGUGUGGGUGCAAUUCAGAGGUGGCACCUAUGAUAGAACAUCUUAGUGGAUAUAAACACAGAAGAGAAUACAUUUCUAAAGAAUUUCCAGAUAAAAUAAAGAAAAAAACAAAAGAUACAAAAGAAUGCAAAGUCUCGUUUUUCAGACGAAUAGCAGGAGAGCUGGAGAAGAGUGAAGGAUUAAAAAUGUAUAAGACGGAAGGUUACAUAAGACCAGCUACCUCAUCCCCAUUGAAGAAGAAAUCAAGGUGGGAAGAUGAUUAUAAGCAAGAGAAUGAUCCUGUUCGGAAACAGAAAGCUCUGGAGUUCUUGGAGACUUUUCACAUCACCUCAGACUCAGAAGCAACACUCAUUGUUCGCAUUACACAGGAACUCAUGGAGGCUUUGAAGGCCUUUUGUGAAAAGAAAGCAGCAGAUAACUACACCGACAGUUUAGGCCCACUGGUGCCAGUACCUCAAGAUGAAUUUCCAGAAAGGCAAAGCAUCCCAGAACACUAUGGGCCAGAUGUAGAAUACAAAGGAAGUUCUGACUGGAAUCAAGGGUUUUUGUCUCAGUAUGAAGAGUAUUCUGAAGAUGCUUCUUUUGCUCCUGCUCACCCCAACAGUUACCAAGCAGAUGAUGGAUCAUCCUCCUGUCAUCUGACACCUGACAACUUUGCGAAUGUGUCUCUGCUCAGGGACUCUCCUGCUGUUGAGCCUGAUAUUCCUGCCAGUGGUGUCAGCCAAUGGCUGAGACAGCUCAGGAACUCCGCGCCCUCCAUGAAUUUGGCUCCCGGGGUCUCUUCAUACCAGAGCUGCCCAGUGAAGGAGCACUCAGCAGAAUACAUAUCCAGUGAUGUGCAAGGAACUGAGCUCUGUGAUAACAGACUCUCAUUUGGCAGAGAAAAUACAAAAUGGAGCAAUCAACAAGUGUGUACCAAAGCAGGGCAUAUAAGUGACCAAGGAUUAUCCUAUUCCAAUUAUUCUGCCUCAUAUCCUUCAUCUGGAAGAUACUUUACAAAUUAUACUUCACAAAACUAUUCCUCUUACAAGAACUAUGAGUCUGUUAAUACUUGUACAUCUUCUGCAAUUUCUACUGUUUCAGGAAGAGGUGGAUCCAGGUGGCACCAGGACACUAGGUGGAAUGAGUGGAAUGAGGACUAUAGGUGUUACGAGGAUUCUAGCUGGAAGCAGGAAUCUAGGUGUCAAGAAUUCAGGUAUCAGAAAUCAGCCUACCAGAGAGACUGGAGUGCACAUCAGGACUCAUUUUCUGGUGGUGGUUCGUACCAAGAUCACCAGCAGUUCAGAAGCUCAGAAGAGAUGUUUGAUGGAGCUGAUGUUGGUCUUGCUCCCAACACUGUGAACAAACUCCUAGGGAAGGAUGUGCCUACAAUGACCAGGAUGCUCAAGCAGUUGGCUCCGUAUCACCCAGCGCUUCAAAAAGUAAAUAUUCAGACAUUCGUCAAUGUGCUAAUAGAAGCUAGAGAGAAAGAUUAAGGAGCAACAGCUGAACUGGAAACAGAUGAAGAGACUUGAGAAUCUCCAUCACUUGGCUUUCAGGAAAGAGACUGCAUUUAACUGUGUUUGACUGGCUUGGGAGAGGUAAAGGGAGGUAGGGUUUAAGUUUUUAACAUGUGAAAUAUAGCUGGAACAUGAACUUGCACAUAAUGGGUGAACAUACUAUUUUGUUUAGGCUUUUUUGUAAUGUAUUUGUUAUAUCUUAGUAUAUUUCAGAAAAAAAGAUCUUUUGUUAUUUUUUGAAAAUAUGUUAAAAUUACUCUGUCAGCAAGAAGCUAAUAAUCCUUUUAAUACCCUUCUCAAUUCAGAAGAGAAAGAAAGGUUUACUUUUAUGCUACCUACUUAGGAAGAAUAUUAAUUCAAAAUACAGGUUUACUUUUCUUCACACAAAUGUAAGGCCAUUUCCAUUAAUUUGAGGCUUUAUAAUUAGCAUAUUUUUAGAAAUUGAUACACUACAUUUCUUUUUAGACAAAGAAAGGAGAAUGUCACAGCAUAGGUAUUCUCUCUGUGUUAAUGUGAUGCUAUAUGAGGAAAAUGUAAUCUCUACUAGAGGACUGGUAUGUAACAGGGCAUAUCAGUUUGCAGAGUAAGAAAUGGUGAGAAAUACGUGCAGAUUUUUAAAUAAUGUUGUUCAAAAUGAAAUAAUUAUAAAUUAUCCUAAAAACUCAUUUGGUAGAUGGACCCAGGCUAAAAUAAAAAUUCUUGAUUCUUUCUACUGGCAAAAGCAUAUUAAGAAAUAGUAGAACCCAUAAGAUAAAAUAAAAUGAAAAAAUAAACAAAAUGUUGUACUGACUGAGUAGUACUUACCAGUUCAUGAGGUGUAUCAGAGCCACAUGCUCAUGAAUGCCUGGCUUUAGGUAUCUGCUCUAUGUAAUUAAAACCAGCUUACAUGGAGCUGAAGAAAAGAAGUAAAGUGAGACAGUUUACUCCUGAGUGUCUGUUUUCCUUUUCACUGCUGCAUUGUGAACUAUCAUUUUUCUUCUCACCCAUGCUGGAACUGUGUCUCUCUGUGCAUUAAAUACUUGUGCUGAAGCAGGGUUAGUCUUCAUGAGCUGUCAUAAAACAUUUUGGAUCUUGUUAUGUAAAUUUUAAUAAAAACUCAAUUCCAAAUAA